GCUUGUAUGACUUCAAGCCAUCAAUCCAACGUUGCAUGGCCAGCCCCGUCAGCCCUCGUAUAGGCAGGAUAUGCGUACUACCCACAUGUGCUACAUACACGUUGAAUAUCAUGCAGAGGUGGCAUGCGCCCAUAAGAGGAGCUGAGGCUCACUGUCCGGCGCCUCAAGUCUUGAUCUCUUCUCCAUUCAUUUGAUCCACCGUUCCAUAUGUCUGACAUCCCACACAAUGACAUCUCCCCCGAGCGCAUGAGGGAGUAUUGCGGCGACGAGCUCCGAGAUGUCGCUAUCGCUUUCAUCAUCAUCGAUACCCUCGCGGUCGGACUACGCUUUGUCUCCCUGAGACUCAGCGAGAAGCGAUUCGGCAUCGACGAUCUCCUCACCAUCCCUGGCUACCUCUGCUGCAUGAGCCUCAACGUCCUAUCUCUCGUACUCAUCAAUGCCGGCCUCGUCGGCUACCACAUGGACGUCAUCGCAGCAACCAACCCGCACCUCCUCGUCCCCUGGGCCAAAUGCCUCUACGCCACGCCACCCGUCUACUCCGCCGCCUGUUGCUUCCCCCGCGUCAUCCUCCUCACCCUGUAUCUGCGUAUCGUGCACGCCCAGAAACCUUACCGAGUCGCUUGCUUCGCUUUGAUCACCUUCGUCGUCGCUCUGGGCGUCGCCGAUACCCUAGCCGGCGCCUUCGAGUGCUGGCCCGUCGCUUACCUCUGGGAUAAGUCCAUCCCCGACGGCCACUGCUUCGAUAUCCCGCUCUUCUACCACUGGGGCACCCUGCCCAACGUCCUUGUCGAUCUGAUGAUGUUGAUCCUCCCGCAGCCCGUCAUCUGGUAUCUGCAGGUCCCUGCGCAGGUUAAAUUCGGCCUAGCAGCUACCCUGCUUACCGGUAGCAUCGGAAUGGUGACGUCCAUCGUCCGGUGCGUGGCCUUUUUCACCAACGACCCUCUCGUCGACGGUACUUGGAAGUCCGUCCUCUUUCUGAAAUGGAGCAUCAUCGAGCCGGGCGUCUACCUGAUUGCGGCCUGUUUGCCGUGCUAUCGGCCUCUGGUUAAGUUGGUCUUGGGUCGGGGAUAUACGGCGGUGGAGUCAAGCUGUAAACCUGCGAGUCCGGUGGCUUCGGUGCGCAGGGACACCCCGGUCUCGGGGUCGAAUUUGCAUCGUUCUGUCUCGGGGGGAUCGGAGAUGGAUUUGGAGAUGAGGGCGUGUCCUGUGCGGGAGUUGGACCGUGGUCGAUUGAGUGAUGAGUUUAGGCUAGUGGGGGGUGGGAGUGUUUGA